AUGAUUGGUGCUUGGUUUCACUUGUUUCUGCUGGGCACGCUGUGUUCUGGCAUUUUCCCAGCACCCUUUAACACCCACUAUGAGGAAACAGAUCCAGAGCUGACGGCAGGAUACUUCCAGGGUGACAUGGAUGUGGACUACACCCGGAAUGGUCAGCUGUCCGAGACACGACGCUGGCCAAAUGCCACAGUUCCGUAUAUGAUAUCUGAAGAGUUUGACCCUGCUCAUGUGGAAUAUAUAAAGCUUGGCAUGCAAUUCAUCGAGUAUUCGUCUUGUAUUCGAUUUGUGCCUGCUGAUGAGGAUGAGGAAAAUUAUCUUUUUGUGCUUCCUUCCACUUCUGGAUGCAGCUCCAAAGUGGGCUAUCAGCCAGGUCAAAGAACCGUCAAACUUCGGCCUGACCCAUUGGACACAGGCUGCUUCAAACUGGGAACCGUCCAGCACGAAUUGCUUCACACUCUGGGAUUCCACCAUCAGCAGUGCUCCCCCAAUCGAGAUGAGUUCGUAAAGAUCGUGGAGGAGAACAUCUCGGAGGGUCACGAGAAGAACUUUGUCAAGUACGAGGAAGACGAAGUGGGGGAUUUCGAUCAGCCCUAUGACUACGGAAGCAUUCUACACUACAGUUCCUUGGCAUUUUCAGUAAAUGGCGAAGCGACCAUUGUGGCUCUGAAUCCAGAGGGUCAGGAGCAAAUGGGUCAGCGCUUGAUGAUGAGCGAUACCGAUAUCAGACGACUCAAUACCAUGUACAAGUGUCCGAUUCAAUUGUAAAAAUAGCAAUAUACAUCAAGGUCAAAAAUGAAUAUCAAAAUUU